AGGCUCAUCAACUUGUCUGUUCCCGUCUUCCCACGCUCAUUUCGCCAGCUUAUUCUUAAGGUUGAACUGGCUAUUGCUACUGCCUCAUCAUGUCUUUACUUCAGUACCCUGCGCCUGUCGACUACACGGCGCAAUUAGAAGCCUUCAAGGAUUUCCUUCAACGUUUCAAAACUUUGGAGUCGACAUCGGAGGCGGCAGCAACGGAGGCCAUUGAAGAACUGCAUAUCGACGGCGACAACAUAAGCGAUGAAUAUGAUUUCAUGUCCGACGUGGAAGAUGAGAAUGGGGCGCAACGGACCAGGAGGCGACGAGAGCCCAAGCUCAAGUACAUGCAAAUAUUGCAGGAGAUUGCGGACCGGGAAAGGUCGAAUAUUCUCAUUGAAUUGGACGAUCUGGCAGCUUACGAGAAAUCCCUUGCGGAGGAUACAAAUCUGAAGCUAGUCGAAUCGGUCGCGAAAAAUACCAAGCGUUAUAUUGAUGUCUUCUCUGAAGCGGUGGACGGAGUUAUGCCUAAAGAGACCAAAGAGAUAACAUUUAAGGACGAUGUACUCGACGUGAUUAUGUCGCAGCGUGAAAAACGUAAUGAAACCAUGACGAUGGCCAUGGAAGCCGACGCAGAUGCGGUGACAGCCCCUUCGUUAUUCCCACCCGAACUUACUCGCCGAUAUACCCUUACUUUUAAACCUCUUACGCCGUCGGGAUCGAGCAGUGAGCGCGAUUCCAAGGCCCUUGCUGUCCGAAAUGUUCGUGCAGACCACAUUGGUGGCCUCAUUACCGUCCGUGGUAUAACCACUCGUGUAUCGGACGUGAAACCCGCUGUCCAGAUCAACGCCUACACUUGUGAUAGGUGCGGAAGCGAGGUCUUCCAGCCUGUUACCACGAAACAAUAUGCCCCAUUGACGGAAUGUCUAUCAGAGGAGUGCCAGAAGAAUAACUCAAAAGGGCAGUUGUUCCUCUCCACCCGUGCAUCGAAAUUUGUUCCAUUCCAAGAAGUGAAGAUCCAGGAGAUGGCGGACCAGGUACCUGUUGGCCAUAUCCCCCGGACAUUGACUGUUCACUGUCAUGGAAGCUUGACACGACAACUGAAUCCUGGAGAUGUUGUUGAUAUCGCUGGGAUCUUUCUACCAACUCCUUAUACCGGGUUUAGAGCCAUUCGUGCUGGACUACUAACCGAUACAUACCUAGAAGCCCAGUACAUCACCCAGCACAAGAAAGCCUAUAAUGAGUUGGUAAUGGAUGGACGGACACUUCGCAAAAUUGAGCAGCACAGGAAGUCCGGCAACAUGUACGAGUACCUGUCGCGGUCUAUUGCACCUGAAAUCUACGGUCACCUGGAUGUCAAAAAGGCAUUGCUUCUCCUCCUAAUUGGAGGUGUUACCAAGGAAAUGGGCGAUGGCAUGCAUAUCCGUGGAGAUAUCAACAUCUGCCUUAUGGGUGAUCCUGGUGUAGCCAAGUCUCAGUUGAUGAAAUAUAUUGCUAAAGUCGCCCCACGCGGUGUGUAUACAACCGGCCGCGGAAGCAGCGGUGUUGGGCUUACAGCAGCAGUGAUGCGGGACCCAGUGACGGACGAGAUGGUGCUCGAAGGAGGUGCUUUGGUGCUGGCAGAUAAUGGAAUCUGCUGCAUUGAUGAGUUUGACAAGAUGGAUGAUGCCGACAGGACAGCCAUCCACGAAGUAAUGGAACAACAGACCAUUUCGAUUUCCAAGGCAGGAAUCACGACGACUCUCAAUGCCCGUACAUCUAUCCUGGCGGCGGCUAACCCGCUUUACGGACGUUACAACCCGCGUGUGUCUCCGGUUGAAAACAUUAACCUGCCCGCCGCGCUUCUGUCGCGUUUCGACGUCCUGUUCCUCAUCCUUGACACACCUUCACGCGAUGCAGACGAAGAACUGGCUAGCCAUGUUGCGUAUGUGCAUAUGCACAACAAGCACCCCGAUACGGAGGAUGGUGGGGUCAUGUUCACCCCUCACGAGGUUCGCCAGUACAUUGCUAAAGCUAGAACCUAUCGACCUGUUGUUCCUUCGUCAGUCUCAGACUACAUGGUUGGUGCAUAUGUCAAGAUGCGGAAGCAACAGAAGCGCGACGAAGGUAGCAAUAAACAGUUCUCCCAUGUCACACUACGUACCUUGCUCGGUAUAAUCCGUCUGUCACAAGCACUUGCCCGUCUCCGGUUUAGCAACGAAGUCAUUACGGAAGAUGUCGAUGAGGCACUGCGACUGGUCCAGGUCAGCAAGGCAUCUCUAUCCCAGGAUGGAGAGGCUGGAGCCGACCAAACUCCCAGCACAAAGAUCUACAACCUGAUCCGUGGCAUGUGGCAGAGUGGAGCUGCUGCUGCGGGUGAUGGCGAUGAUGGCGCUCUCAGCAUGAGGAAGAUCAGAGAACGGGUCCUAGCAAAUGGAUUUACUGAAGAUCAGCUAACCAUGGUGAUUAAUGAGUACGCUGGGAUGGAUGUCUGGCAAGUGGCUAGCAAUGGCACACGCCUGGUAUUCAUUGGUGCUGAUGAUGAUAUGGAAGUCUGAUGGGGUUUGGGUCCGGUUGUUUGUCAGAAUAGAAUCGUUGCUGGGUCUUUCUUGUAUUUUGUCUUUUACAGCUACAGGUAUGGAAUGGAGUUGUGGAGUACUUGUUCCCACCGGCAAAUACUUCCCAACAAGUGAUUAAAAAAUAUUCAUUUGAUUCAGUUGAGGCCUCUAUAUUGACAAGAAAAUAAUCCGUAAAUGAAAA